CUCUCCCGCACCCCCGCCCGCCCGGCGCUUCCCCCGCCGCGGCCCCGCGCCGCCCCGCCGGCCAUGUCGCGGGGCUCCCGCCUGGCGCUGGCCGUCUCCGCGCUGCUCUCCGCCGCCAUCGUGGCGGCCGUGCACAUCCAGCAGCGCCGGGAGCUGGAGAGGCUGCGAAGUGGCGUUGUCCGAGAUCUUGAGCGUCAGAAUCAGAAGAAGGAGAACGUUCGCCUGUUAGAAGAGCAGAUUGCUCUGACAAAGCAGCUCAUUGAAGAGAGAGAAAAGGCGCUAAUGGAGAAACGUUCCCAGCAGCCCUAG